AUGACAUCUCCUUUGUCACAGAGCCGCCGUCUAACUCGGCGCGUAGAAGUAAAUCAAGAUACAGACACUGAAGUGGACAUCUACGUCGACAAAGAUCCCCGUCCGUUUCCUCAAUCCCAUCCCAAUUACAGUCCUUGGGAGUUUGUGGGGUUAUGGGUGACGACGGGUUCUUCCUCGAUCUCCUUGGGCCUGAACGGCUGGCAAUCGAUGAUUGCAAUCGUCGUCGCUCACACCUUUGUUGGGUUUGUGUGCAUAGGUGGAGGCCACCCUGGCGCAAAGCGGCAUAUCGGGGUCCUAUUGACCUGCGUCUGGCCAUCGCACCUCGAUUUGGAUUCCGAGCUUGCGAACGGGACGAUGAAAGUCUAUGACCUCAUCUCCUUCAUCCUGUACUUCCUGCUCUGUUUGCCAUCAGUGUGGUUCAGCACAGAAAACCAUCGCAAGCCCCGUUUUAUGCUAUCGAUCUGGGGCACAGCUCGUGCGGGCGGUGGAGGUGCCAUUCUUGCAGAUGUGAGCAAGGUCUCUGGAAUCAAGCCUGCGCAAGGGGGAGACUUAGGCUGGGCUGUCGUAGCCAUGCAUAUGUGGUCUCAGUCCGACUACACCCGCUUUGCACGGAAACCAGGGGACCAAGUCCUCGCUCAGCUAAUCAUGGAACCCUUGGGAACCAUCAUUGUGGCCUGUAUCGAUGCUGUGCGCAAGAACGAGGCUAAUUUCGGCGACCGGGCUGGGGCUGUGUUCGCCAGGAUCGCUUUCAUGCUAUCGUAUUUUGGCAUGGUCGUUGCCUUCAACUGCGGAGUCGCGGGUAUCGAUCUAGCCGCGCUGCUACCGCGAUGGUUUACGAUCCGCCGCAGGGGAUUUCUGACCAUCGUCUUCGUCUUCGUCAUGCAGCCCUUGUCACUGCUUAACAGUGCCAGCAACUUUCGAACCGUGGUCGGCAGCUUCAACGUCUUCCUCGGUCCGCUCACGGGAAUCAUGUUUGCCGAUGACUUCCUCAUCCGCAAGCGGACCAUGAAGCUUACCGGCCUAGCCACGGUACCUAGCGAAGUUUGGGUGGGUGUGGGAGACUCUUACCAGUUGUUCUGGUUUGUGGGAUGUCUCGUAUCUGGCUCGACGUAUCUCGCAUUCGAUCGCGCGCCAGUACUGCGCGGCGUGGCUGAGCUGGACGUAAGCUCGAUAUCAGAGAUUGUGGGAGGAAAGUCGCGCGCGGCGCAAAAGGUCCAGAUCGUCUGA